AUGCAAGUAGCAGGCAGCAAGUAUGAGACGCUCAGGAGCGCCGCGGCUGCCAAGUCGGGCGUAGCCAAGCAGAGACAGAACAAGAGCACGCUCCAGCGACGCCUGCGAUCGCUGAGCGGGCGCCAGCCGAAGCGUUGGCACUGCGAGAGCACGCCGCGCCAAGGCGUGGUCAUCGAUGAGUCGCUUGCCCACCUUGCGAUGCAACAGGAAAACAACGGCUUUUUCUACAUCAUCGAGCUCCCGACGCCGGGGACCGUGCUCGAGGACGCGCCGUCACCGCGCUACGAGACGGAGGAGCCACCUGCUUGGGGCACGGGCGAUCAGGACGCGAGGCCAGACCCUGCUCGGCGGCUGCAGCAGGCUUGCAGCAUUGUUGUCGAGGAGCUGCCGGACCAGGAAGACAUUGAGAUGUCCGACGUGUACUAG